AUGCAUAGCCUCCAAAAAGCAGCCAUACUCUGGCUGCCACCCGUGGCUUUCUUCAUGACAGCCGUCUACCGCGUGUUCGUCCUCUACCGACAAUCGAGGCUAGACCUCGCGUACUGGAAGUCACUCGAGUAUCCAGCUGUCGCGCUAUGGAGCCCCAUCGCUUUCCUACAAACCUACAGAUUGCUGCGAUGCGGAAAGCAGCUGUUGGAAAUCAAAGCCACAACGUUCUGGUCGAUGCUUCUCACAACGGUUGCGAUACGAUUCCUCACGCUGCUUUCGGCCCUGUGUUGCAGCUACCAUAACGACCUGCAUUUGUAUGAAGUCUACACCAUAUUGCCUUUGUUUUAUUCUGUUCUGUGCCACAUGUCCGAAUGGACUUAUCUGGGGAACUACGAGGGAUACUCCUAUGACGAGGCCUCGAGAACGGCAAUAGACGCCCACGGCUCUGUUCUGCACCAAUUCAAGCCCGACGAAGACCUGGACUACUUCUCGUGGAGGGACCUGACUGUGCGUUUGGCAUAUAUUGUGCUUAUCCACAACUUCCUUCACGUCAUCUGGUUGCGAUUUUUCGACGACAAUGCUCCGUAUACGGUGCACAUCAACAACUCUGAGCUUUUCACUGUGCUGUUGGCUAUACAGCUUUGUAUAUACAGCUAUGCAAGAGUACGUACACGUAUCAAAGUUCAUUACGACGUCGAAGCAGGUGGGGCACAGGAUGAGAAGGACGAGGUGUGA